AUGACACCGUCACGCGGCGAUCCCCUGGACCCGGUCGACGAGACACCCCAGACGGAAAUGGGUUUGAGCAAACGUGUUCGUUCUCGUCUUCGGUCCAGUUUACGCUCGUUCCUGCGCUCGCCCAGUGUUCAGACACGAUUUUCUUCCAUGGUCGUACUGCCAACUUCACCUCAGGUGCCUAGUUCACUCAAAUCGUCCAUAUCACCCCCACCACCACCACUACCACCACCGGCAAUGCGUAGACCACAAUCCAUGCGGGUCGAUGAUGCACCGAUGUGUGAUUCACAAAUCCCGCCCAAAACCGGUUCAUGGCUUAGUGUAAACGAACAAAUCUGGUUCCCGAAAGAUCCCAAGUCCACGACGAAUUCCGGACUUCUUUCUCCCGCCGACACGGCAACAUUCAAACGAAGUGGACAGUUGAAGAGUUCAUCAACAAUGGCUCUUGUAACAACACAUGAAAAGUAG